AUGGCUGGUGGAUCUUUUGCUCCGGCCGGCGUGGCUAAGGAGAGAGCAGGGCAGUAUCAACGGACAGUCACCUGUUAUGUCAUCGUCGCCUGCGUUGUUGCAGCCGUAGGUGGCUCACUGUUUGGUUAUGACAUUGGAAUAUCAGGAGGGGUGACAUCAAUGGAUGGAUUUCUUGAAAAAUUCUUCCCCACAGUUUACAGAAACAAAAAUCGUGCGCAUGAAAACAACUACUGCAAAUACAACAACCAAGGCCUAGCAGCAUUUACAUCUUCUCUCUUUUUAGCUGGUUUGGUUUCAUCUAUUGUGGCAUCUCCCAUUACACGGAAAUAUGGGCGUCGGGCGAGUAUAAUAUGUGGCGGGCUUAGCUUCAUUGUGGGAGCAACUUUAGAUUCUUCUGCAGUAAAUCUGACGAUGCUUAUAUUGGGUCGAAUCAUGCUUGGCUUUGGCAUCGGAUUUGGAAAUCAAGCAGUUCCACUAUAUUUGUCAGAGAUGGCACCAACCCAUCUUCGAGGAGGACUGAACAUGAUGUUUCAAUUUGCAACAACACUCGGAAUCUUCACAGCAAACAUGAUUAAUUAUGGAACGCAGAAGCUCGAACCAUGGGGAUGGAGGCUCUCCCUAGGCCUGGCUGCAGCGCCCGCAUUCUUAAUGGCAGUCGGGGGACUACUACUUCCAGAAACACCUAACAGCUUAAUUGAACGUGGAUCAAAAGAGAAAGGAAGAAAAAUUCUGGAGAAAAUCAGGAGGACUGAGAACGUGCACGCAGAGUUACAAGACAUAGUUGAUGCAAGUGAGCUUGCCAACUCGAUUCAGCAUCCGUUUAGAAACAUCCUUGAAAGGCAUAAUAGGCCACAAUUGGUCAUGGCAAUCUUCAUGCCAACAUUUCAGAUUCUCACAGGCAUAAGCUCAAUUAUGUUCUAUGCCCCUGCCUUGUUUUCAACUAUGGGAUUUGGGACAAAUGCUUCUCUCUACUCUUCAGCAUUGACUGGAGCAGUUCUGGCUUCAUCAACUGUAGUGUCUAUUGCUACCGUUGAUAGAUGGGGACGAAGAGCUUUAUUAAUUGGUGGAGGAAUACAAAUGAUUAUAUGUCAGGUCAUAGUUGCAAUUAUUUUGGGGGUCAAAUUUAGCGGUGACAAGGAGCUCUCAAAAGGCUUCUCAGUAUUGGUGGUGGUUGUGAUCUGCCUCUUUGUUGCAGCGUUCGGAUGGUCAUGGGGGCCACUUGGCUGGACAGUUCCCAGUGAGAUAUUCCCAUUAGAAACCCGAUCAGCAGGACAAAGCAUUACAGUUGCUGUAAACCUUUUCUUCACCUUCCUAAUUGGCCAAUUGUUCCUCUCCCUCCUUUGUGCUUUCAAGUUUGGGAUUUUCCUCUUCUUUGCAGGCUGGAUAACCAUCAUGACAAUCUUUGUUUACCUUUUCCUACCUGAAACCAAGGGUGUCCCCAUUGAAGAGAUGGUGUUCCUGUGGAGGAAGCACUGGUUCUGGAAGAAGAUUGUGCCUAGUUAUCCAGAAGAUAAUGAGAGUAAUACUAACAACAACUCAGCUUCUGUUGCAAUCACCGAGCACAUUCACUAA